ACGAUACCUAUAAAAACCCCCAAAUCUGAGGUAGACUGUUACGCCGAGGAUGCUUGACUGGAGGGGUGCAUCCAGUCUUUUAGUAAUGAACUCAGGAUACCGGGCACUCUCCUGUUUUAAUUAAUGCCUUCUCAAAGUAUGGGGCUCUGCUUUGGGUGACUGUUCUUUCCCUUAUAUUAAACACUGUAUAUGGAUAAUAAACUAAAUAUACCAAUUAAUAAUAUAAUUACAGAGUCAGAGGAAGAAGCUCUACUCCGUUCGCCAACGAAGGUUGGAGGAAAUCUUGAAAAGAGGCUUGAAGCAUCUCUCAAGAUUCAGGAUCUGGAUGAUCUGAACCCAUCUGCUCAGAGACCAAUGGUAUCAAGCGGUGGGAACACCUCUCCGGUGAUUGACACCCAGAGUCCUAUGGACACAGGUGACCACGAUGGCGGUGCGUCUAAUGCUAAUACCCAGAGCAUGGUGAACUCAGGUGACGGCAACAUAGAGACCAGGAAGAAAGCGGAAUACUUCACCGGGGCUCAGAAAAGACGCAUCAAGGCCAUGAUUAGGGAUGGAUUGGAUUUGGAGACUGCGAAGCAGAAAGAGAGAGAGCGAUACUCUCUCUACAAAGCUUCCUUGGCAGCAGAAGGAGAAAGUGACAGACCCAGUACCAGCAAAAGGUGCAGAUCUAAUAACACAUCUCCCGAAGAAACACAACGCCCGCAGCCCAAAAAGCCAAAAGCCACUCAACACACAUCUAGCUCUACCGGAAACCAGCUAAAACCGACUCCAUCUUACAGGGAUGUAGCCAAUGCUUGCAAAGUGGCUAUCGCCCAUGAGAAAUAUCCGGAGGUGAAUCUAACUGGUGACCAAAUGGAGUUGAUAAAAUCGAAGCUCCUGGAAGAAAUUGACAAACUUCCCAAGCACAAUAGUGUCUACGGCUUCAUCACCAGUGUUAACAGAGACGGAUGGCUCUCAUUAACAUGCUGCAAUGGUGAAACGAGGAACUGGCUGACCACCUGUGUCCCAAAACUCAAACCAUUCCCGGAUGCUAUUCUCAAAGUGUUUCAGGGCGAAGAGAUGCCCAAAACCUAUGUGUGCAUCACAUUUAUUCCCCCCUCUGCUGUGCUACCACCAGAAAUUCUGAUGUCCCGAUUGGAAAAACAAAAUGGUGGCAUUUGCACAUCAUCGUGGAGAAUUCUCAGGACUGAGAAAGAUAAGAAUGGUGGGGAAACCGUUACGAUCUCAGUGGACGAAAAAUCCAAAAAUUGGAUAGUCGGUCAGGCAGGGAAGCUGUAUCUGAACUUCACACAAAUUCACGUACGUGUGAAGGGAGAGCCAACUGGACCCAAGAAACUGACGACAAAAAGGCCAUUUACGACAGAGAAACCCAGUGACGUCAAGCAACAGGUGCCUCCAUCCAAAAGGCCGCUUUCAGGUGAUAGACCCAGUACCUCAAAAGCACAGGCAGAUAAGCCAAGUGAGACGGUUAAGGUCACACGGGACAGCACCCGAACUGAAGUCGGACCCAGCACCUCAAAACAGCAGGGUGGCACACCGGUAUCUAGCAUAAAGGACCAGAAGCAAGGGCCAAAGAAACCAGCUUCAAGAUCCCCUCGACAGGAAGCACCCACUCAUGGGACAAAAUUGCCCAAGUGGAUGCGGAACGGUAAAGGACGAUACCAAUAAAAUGAUGAGGUGCCUGCAGGUUAAUCUUCAACACGCCAAAGCUGCUACGGCGGUGUUGACACAGCGACUUCUAUCUGAAAAGAUUGACCUAGCCUUUAUCCAGGAGCCAUAUGUAUAUGAGAACCAGAUAAAGGGAAUAAAAGCACACCAACAAGGACCAGGUAGCAGCUAUAAUUUCUGUGGACACCCCAGUAAGUAAGACAGAGCUCAUUGUCUGCUCAUCUUACCUACCUGGAGACUCCCAAGACCUGGACUUCCUAUCACUGAAAGGACUAGUAGACUACAGUGUUAAAAGCAAGAGGUAACUCAUCGUUGGAAGUGACGCUAAUGCACACCACACGAUCUGGGGCAGCACCGACAUCAAUAAAAGAGGUGAGUGUCUAUUUGAAUUUAUAACUGGUAACAACCUAUAUAUUUUGAAUACGGGCAAUAAGCCCACUUUUAUAAACAGAAUCAGGGAAGAGGUAUUAGACA